AUGCGUCUUCAUCGGUCCCCAUCUCUUCUCCUGUUGUGCAUCUUGACUGUUCUGCAAGCCUCUACCGGCUUAUCCUCGAACUGCCGAUGUAUGCCCGGUGAUAGUUGUUGGCCUUCCUCGACUGACUGGGCACGCUUCAAUACAUCCAUCGGUGGACGACUAGUGAGCACGCAACCAAUGGGACAGCCAUGUCAUGACCCAUUCUAUACCGCCAGUGAGUGUCGUUCUCUGAGACAGCAGUGGACAAAGCCAGAGCUACACGAUGCAUCCUCCUCUUCCAUCAUGGCAGCCGCCGUGGCCAAUGAAACAUGUGACGCCUUUAGCCCUCGAUCAAAACCUUGCAAGCUAGGUGAAAUGGUGCGCUACGCCGUCAAUGCCAGCUCCACAGACGACUUCAUCCAGACCAUUCGAUUCUCCCAGGAAAGAAACAUUCGUCUCGUCAUUCGCAACACAGGCCAUGAUUAUUUGGGAAAGUCAACGGGUGCAGGUGCACUAUCUAUCUGGACCCAUUAUCUCAAGAACAUUGACUUCCUGAACUACACCAGCUCGCACUAUACCGGCCCAGCUGUGCGGAUGACUGCGGGAGUUCAAGGAGCAGACAUCUACGAGGCCGCCCACCGACGAGGUCUGGUGAUUGUAGGCGGGGAAUGUGCCACUGUAGGCCCUGUCGGGGGCUACACGCAAGGAGGGGGCCACUCAGCCCUGAGCUCUCGAUUUGGCCUUGGGGCGGACCAGGUCUUGGAGUGGGAGGUGGUGGAUGGUAUGGGUCAAUUACUAACGGCAUCGCCCACCCAGAACCCGGAUCUCUAUUGGGCUCUCAGUGGAGGUGGGGGAGGCACAUAUGGUGUCGUAUAUGCCAUGACCGUCAAGGCGUUUCCCGACUUCCCCGUCACAGGCGUUGUUCUCCAGUUUGAGAACAGUAACCCCUCGUCGCCCCAUUUCUUUGAAGCCGUCGGCCACUACCAUCGUCACCUUGCCACAUACACUACGGCUGGCGGGAUGGCGAUUGCACAGAUCACACAUUCGUCGUUCCUGCUCACCCCGCUGACACUGCCUGCUCAUACCGCAGUCGAGGCCAAGAAGUUAUUGGCGCCAUUUUUGCAAGACCUACACAAACUAAACAUCUCCUACGCACUGAACAUCACCCAGUCGCCCUCGUAUUUCCAACAUUAUAUAAAACUGAUCGAGCCCAACCCGACGCAACUGGUGCAGAACGGGCAAUAUGGCGGUCGUCUUCUCCCGCUCAAUCUCAUCCAGCACAAUAACUCGCAGCUUACAGAUGCGGUCCAGAGAAUCACCGCGGAUGGGGUUACAUUCGUGGGCAUUGGUCUGAAUGUCUCCUCAUCUGUGACCGGCAAUAUCUGGAAUUCAGUUCUUCCAGCGUGGCGUACAGCAGCAAUGAGUGUCAUAUUAUCUACGUACGCUAUCUUCCCUAGGGUGGCUUUCAUCUACUUUGUUUCCGUAUGCUCGCUUACACAAAUACUCCAGAAACUGGCCCACCGGUGCCAACCUCACCGAGAUGAAAACCCUAGCAAACCGAAUGACGACCAAAUGGGUCCCGAUUCUGACAGCCUUGAGUCCAGAUUCGGGGUGUUAUAUGAGCGAGGCAAGGACAAGACACAGGCGGACCCCCAAGAGCCAGACUGGAAGCAGACCUUCUACGGUCGCAACUAUGAUUUGUUGUACGCGAUCAAGAGGAAAUAUGAUCCAUUCAGGACAUUCUAUGCCCCGACGGCAGUGGGCAGUGAGGACUGGCAAGUCAAGGCUGGUGGUCGUUUGUGCCAGGUUACCAAAACAGAUUGA